UGUCGUGUGGUGACUUGAAGCUGACAACAUCCCAUUCCCUUGCUCCUUUCCUUCUUCUACUACUUCUUCAUUCAUAGCUUAUGUUACGCUUUGUGGUGUUUCUUUCCUUUACCCCUCUCUCCUUCUCGUUGCCGGCGUCCCCUUGAUCUGCAAGUGCCGCUACGUCUCCUCUUCUGCUGUCACGCAGCUGAAGCAAAACAGUAAUCAUGGUGGACGAAACAUUGAAGGAUGUGAAGGAUGAGGUGCCAGAGCUUGCAACAUUUGAUCCGACUAAGAAGAAGAAGAACGUCCUGCCAGACCUUGCUGAUGAUUUUGUGGACAAGCUUGCUGAGAAAACAGAGUCUCUUUCAGUCAAUGAUGGACUGGAUAAUACUUUUGUUGGUUUGAAGAAGAAGAAAAAGAAACCAGUGGAGGCUAGGGCACUGAAUGAUGAGAAUGAGGAUCCAAGGGAUGAUUUGGAUGAUCAUGCUGGCGAAGACGAAGACACGGAUGGAGCUGUUCCACAACAAAUUUAUCCUUGGGAAGGGAGUGACCGUGACUACCAGUAUGAGGAGCUUCUUGGAAGGGUGUUCAACAUUCUUCGUGAGAACAACCCAGAGCUUGCAGGCGACAGGCGUACGACAGUUAUGAGGCCCCCACAGGUACUCCGUGAGGGCACCAAGAAAACUGUCUUCGUGAAUUUCAUGGAUCUUUGCAAGACGUUGAAUGUCCUUAUACUUGAAAUCAAUUUUAGGAUGCACCGGCAGCCCGACCAUGUCCAGGCUUUCUUGCUGGCAGAGUUGGGAACCAGUGGAUCACUUGAUGGUCAGCAACGUUUGGUGGUUAAAGGGAGGUUUGCUCCAAAGAACUUCGAAGGAAUUCUGCGGCGAUAUAUCAUGUGGUUCUGGACGAUCGGUUGCUCCAAUCAAAGCAGGUUUCGUUGCUUGUGCGGGACGUAGGAAUGCAGGGACAUGAUGUGUCCCGUGACUCUACAUACAAUGUUCUGAGUUACAUGAGUCUUCGUGUGUUGAAUCUACUACCUGCUCUUUGCCGGCAAAAGUUAUGUUUUGUGGGUACUUUUAGAAGUCCUGGUAAGAGGCUUGAAUGUUUUCCAUGAAUGAUAAUAUUGAACACUUGAUCAAUGAGUCCUUACUGGAUUUUGCAAAAGUAAGUUUACGGCGGCA